AUGCUCGGUCUCCCCUCUGUCCCUCGUCCCCUCACCUCCCUCCUCCCCCCCUCGUCCCCUCACCUCCCUCCUCCCCCCCUCGUCCCCUCACCUCCCUCCUCCCCCCCUCGUCCCCUCACCUCCCUCCUCCCCCCCUCGUCCCCUCACCUCCCUCCUCCCCCCCUCGUCCCCUCACCUCCCUCCUCCCCCCCUCGUCCCCUCACCUCCCUCCUCCCCCCCUCGUCCCCUCACCUCCCUCCUCCCCCCCUCGUCCCCUCACCUCCCUCCUCCCCCCCUCGUCCCCUCACCUCCCUCCUCCCCCCCUCGUCCCCUCACCUCCCUCCUCCCCCCCUCGUCCCCUCACCUCCCUCCUCCCCCCCUCGUCCCCUCACCUCCCUCCUCCCCCCCUCGUCCCCUCACCUCCCUCCUCCCCCCCUCGUCCCCUCACCUCCCUCCUCCCCCCCUCGUCCCCUCACCUCCCUCCUCCCCCCCUCGUCCCCUCACCUCCCUCCUCCCCCCCUCGUCCCCUCACCUCCCUCCUCCCCCCCUCGUCCCCUCACCUCCCUCCUCCCCCCCUCGUCCCCUCACCUCCCUCCUCCCCCCCUCGUCCCCUCACCUCCCUCCUCCCCCCCUCGUCCCCUCACCUCCCUCCUCCCCCCCUCGUCCCCUCACCUCCCUCCUCCCCCCCUCGUCCCCUCACCUCCCUCCUCCCCCCCUCGUCCCCUCACCUCCCUCCUCCCCCCCUCGUCCCCUCACCUCCCUCCUCCCCCCCUCGUCCCCUCACCUCCCUCCUCCCCCCCUCGUCCCCUCACCUCCCUCCUCCCCCCCUCGUCCCCUCACCUCCCUCCUCCCUCCCCUCUGUCCACACAGCGCGAGAGAAACGGACCUGUGAAGCCCGGGGAGGAGCUGGAGGGGGAGGAAUGGGAUGAGGCCCCCUCCCGAGAGGUGGAAGACGCGGAGAGAGCAGCGGAGCAAGCGAGGGAAGCGGAGCAGACGGUGCUGCAUGCUCACAGCACGUGGCGCAUCCUCUGCCCCACUCUGCGCCGCCCCGUUCUCAAGCGCAUGGGUCAAGCUUUCAAGAAGAAAGGAACGCACCACCUCGUCUUUCUCUGCCUCUGCUUCUUCGCCCUGCCUGGACCGGGCGGCAAGCUCCAGCCGCCUGCAAUCGUAUCAGAUCCGCCAGACCAAAUCUGCUACGAGUUUGACAGCGGCGUGUGGAGGCUGAUUGCUCCUCCCGAGAGCUAUGGGCUUCCGGGCAUGGUGUCUCCUAUGAGGCUAAGAGGGGGAGAGGGAGGAGGAGGAGGGGGAGGGGGAGGAGGAGGGGGAAGAGGGGGAGAAGGAGGGAGAGCAGGGGGAGGGGUGAAAAGUGGUGCUACAGGAAAAGAGGUUAGCAGGCACAGGCACAGGCACAGACACAGCAUCGACUUCUCUUUGAUGGUAAAGAACAAGGACUGGCUUCACAGUCACGACUUUGCUGCAAUGAUGAAAAACAAGGACUGGCUUCACAGCCACGACUUUAAGGACUGGUUGCACCACCCUGAGUCUGCUGCUGGUCACGUGGUGGCUGCUGCUGUUGAGGGUGCAGCAGCAGUGGCAGGGGCGGCAAAACAGCAAGUUGUUGCUAGCCUGACUGCUGUAGCGGGGACUGUAGCGGAGAAAGUGGCUGGGACAGUGGCGGGGACUGUAGCUGGGACUGCUGUUGUUGCUAGCCUGAAUGCUGUAGCAGGGACUGUAGUGGGUGCUGUGAGGGGGGGAGUCUCUUGGAACGGCAUGGUUGAUUCUGCUGGUGAGGCAGGAGGAAGGGCAGGAGGAGGAGCAGGUGGAGGGGCGAAAGAUGGUGUUGCAGGGAAGCCGCCAAGCAGAAACAGGCACAGGCACAGGCACAGCGUGAGUGUGGACUUUGCAUCGAUGGCAGCAAAGAACAAGGACUGGCUUCACAGCCCUGACUCUCCCACUCAAUGGCUGGCUGGUGCUGCUAAUGCUGCAGCAGCAGAAGCAGCAUCAGCGGCAGCAGCAGCAGCAGCAGCAGCAGAAGUGGCAGUGGCAGAAGCAGGGUCUGGGAAAAGGAGCAGUCCUGAUGCUUCAAGAGUGAAAGGAGGGAGCAGAGGAAAAGGAGGGGGAAAAGGAGGGGCAGAGGAUUUACCUCCUCCUGUCUCAUCACUCACCCGAUCCGAUCCCCCCACUCGCUCCCCCAGACCUCCUUCUCUUACUGUCCCUCGUCGAAACCCCUUUCUCACUAAUACCACACCACCUCGAUCCCCCCCUCUCACCCUUCCACCUCGCUCUCCUUCUCUCACUGCCCCUCCUCGGUCCCCCUCUAUCACCACCCCACCUAAAUCUCCUUCUUCCACUCUUCCCCCUCGGUCUCCCACAUCAAAGCUCCCAUCUCGAUCCCCUCCCUUCACCUCCCCAUCUCAAUCCCCUCCUCUCACUCCACCAACUCAGUCCCCUCCUCUCCCUCCCUCUCGCUCCUCUCUCUCUCCAACUCCUGGCUCAAAGGCCAUGUACGACCAUCCUGCUGCCUCCCCCCCUAUGGGGGUUGUGAGGGGAGACACUUCUGGUGUGGCAGGAGGCGGAGGAGGAGUGAAAGCUGGUGUUGCAAGGAAGCUGGCAAGCAAGCACAGGCACAGCCAGAGCCUCCCAAGCCGAGCCAUGACCAUGAGAGCAGCUUCGAGGCCUUCCUCGCAUCUUCCUUCCUCCAAGCUUCCUGUGAAGAGCCGGAGCGCCGACCAGAGGCACAGGCGGAACGCGUCUUUCUCAGAGUUUGGGGGGUUCGCAACAGGAGACAUCUCGGAGGGGUUUGAUUUUUUCACUGGUGGAGAAGCUACUGGGAAAGCAGGCGGGAAAGCAGGCGGGAAAGCAGGCGGGGAGGCAGGUGGGGAGGCAUGUGGGGAAACAAAUGGGAUAGCGGAAGCAGGUGCGGAAGCCCAAGGGAGGACAAGAAGGAAAACACGACCUCCGUUCGUGGUGGUGCCUAGCCGUAGCUUGCACAAACGUAACUUAAGCCAUGGCUCACCGUUUGGGUCCCCCACUCUCUCCCCGGCAUAG